AUAGCAGGAGACAAGUAGUGCACCUUUAGAUGUCUCAUGGACCCUACUUGCAGCUUCAACAGCAGCAACUCCAGCAACUAGCCUACAAUGAGGAAGGAGAGGAUGAGAAUGGCCUUAAGCUCACCCUUUCUCACAUGGCUAAGAUGGCCCCCUACCCCUCCACUUGCCUCCUCCCAACUUGGGAUCAUUCCUUCCCCCUAUCUCUCCCACCACCACCCUUGGAGCUCACCAGGCGAUGCAAGAAACCAAGGAUCAAUUCUGAUACCAUGACACCAAACCAAGUCAACAAUGGCAAGCAAUCCAACCCCCUCCGAAAGCUCCAAUUCCGGGACCAUGUUCAAAAUUACAAGCAAAAAUUUGGAGUCCUGGAGGCUCUUGAGGAGCCGGUGGAAGGUGAGCUUGUCGAGGAAGGCGGCAUGCGCUUGGUGCAACUGCUCAUAUCUUGCGCCGAGGCCGUCGCCUGCCGUGACCGGGCUCAGGCCUCGACCUUGCUCCAUGAACUGAAGGCCAAUGCACUGGUGUUGGGCACCUCCUUCCAGCGCGUUGCUUCAUGCUUCGUCCAGGGCUUGUCCGACCGCCUGGCGCUGGUGCAACCGCUCGGAGCCGUCGGCAUUAUCGGACCAGCAACGGUCCCCGCCACGGCCUCCGGCAGGAAGGAGGAGGCCCUCGCAUUGGCCUACGAGCUGUGCCCCUACCUCCAGUUUGGGCACUUCGUGGCAAAUGCCUCCAUCUUGGAAGCCUUUGAGGGAGAGAAUUUGGUCCACGUGGUGGACCUGGGAAUGACCAUGGGCCUGCCUCAUGGCCAUCAAUGGCGAAAGCUUAUCGACAGCCUCGCCGACCGAACCAGCCCCCGGCCCCGGCGCAUCCGCAUCACCGGCGUCGGUGCUCAGGGCGAUCGACUUAAAGCCAUUGGCAAUGAGCUCGAGUUCUGCGCUCAGAAACUUGGAAUAAACCUCGAGUUCUUUGUCAUCGAGAGGAACUUGGAGAAUUUCAGCCCUGAGGACUUGGAGCUGGAAGAAGGGGAGGUUCUGGUCGUCAAUAGCAUGCUCCAACUGCAUUGUGUGGUGAAGGAGAGCCGAGGAGCUCUCAACUCGGUGCUCCAAAUGAUUCAUGAACUAUCGCCGAGGGUGUUAGUCUUGGUGGAGCAGGAUGCGAGCCACAAUGGGCCAUUCUUUCUUGGGAGGUUCAUGGAGGCACUGCACUACUACUCGGCCAUCUUCGACUCACUGGAUGCGAUGCUGCCGAGGUAUGACACGAAGCGUGCCAAGGUGGAGCAGUUCUACUUCGCAGAGGAGAUCAAGAACAUUGUGAGCUGCGAGGGGCCGGCGAGGGUGGAGAGGCAUGAGAGGGUGGACCAGUGGCGUCGCAGGAUGAGCCGGGCCGGUUUCCAGCCGGCGCCGAUCAAGAGGAUGGCUCAGGCCAAGCAGUGGCUGGACAAGGUUAGGGCCUGCGAGGGUUACACCAUUGCUGAGGAGAAGGGCUGCUUGGUGCUUGGGUGGAAGUCCAAGCCUAUCAUUGCGGCUUCAUGCUGGAAAUGCUAGAUCACAGACUCGCAUGGCUUUGAAACCGGAGACCUUCUAGUAUGUGAGAGCAGUAGAAUGACAGUCUUAGCUUAUAAGCAGCAAACUCUGCUUCAGUUGGAGAGACUGGAGUGUGAGAGAAUAAAAGAGCUCCACUAGGGUUUGGGCUCGUUGUUGAAGGUCAUGUUUGCCUGAACAGUUGGAAUAAAAGACUGGCAUUUGCUCUUUGGUUACCAUAAUUGCCAUUUUCUCAUCUUCUGACAUCCAUUAUACUGAGGACAAGCUUUGGCGCGACACUUAGAUUGCUCUAUUGUGAUCUGGACGUUGCAAGUUUAAGAUAAGAAAUAGUCUCUCAGCAUGUGAGGAUUAGGCUACGUAUAUCUAACCCUUUCCAUGCUGGGAUGCCUCUCCUCAAAUCUUUUGUAUUGGUUACCAGCUACAUCUAGCUGGGUUUAUGAUGUAAUCUUCGCUUUCCUAGCAAAGUGACUCA